CUAGGAAGCCAGGGGUCCGUCGCUCGUAGCACUCACUUAUUAGCGAGGGCCGAGGGGUGUGAAGGAAGAACAACAACAGGUGAACGGCGAGCAGAUACAGACACCAUCUCGUUCUGCUCUUGGCGCAACAUGUCGAGUCCUCAGGAAAUCCAGCUCCAGGUCAGAGGUAGUGUCCCGGAGCAAGAAGAAUCGGGCCAUGGCGAGAACGGCGCGGGGCCGAAGGCCGCCGAGCGACGACGGCCGGGGACACGCGGCGUCAGGUGGUGGCUGAUGGUGCUGCUGGACAUGCUCGUGGUGCUCUGCGGGCAGACCGUGGCCACCCUGCUGGGCCGUUACUACUACAACUCCGGCGGCAACAGCAAGUGGAUGGCCACGCUCACGCAGUCCGGCGGCUCGCCCCUGCUCGCCAUCCUCCUCCUCCUCACGCCGCGCGACCCCGUCGGCGAGCCCCGGCCGGCGGCGGCCAAGAUGGUGCCCAUCUACCUCGGGCUGGGCACCCUCAUCGGCUUCGACAACCUCAUGUACUCGUACGCGCUGCAGUACCUGCCGGUGUCCACCUUCGCGCUGGUGGCCGCCACGCAGCUGGCCUUCAACUCCGUCACCUCCCGCCUCAUCAACGCGCAGCGCUUCACGGCGCUCAUCGCCAACUCCGUGGUGGUGCUCACCUUCUCGGCCGCGCUGCUCGGCGUCGGCUCCUCCUCCGACGGCACCUCCGCCGCCGACCUGCCGCGCGGCAAGUACACGCUGGGCUUCAUCCUGACGCUGUCUGCCUCCGCCGUGUUCGCGCUCAUCCUGUCCCUCUUCGAGGUCACCUUCGAGAAGGCGGUCCGGGGGAGGACGCUCCGGUGGGUGCUGCGGGUGCAGAUGUGCACCAACUUCGUGGCGGCGACGGUGGCGGUGUGCGGGCUGCUGGCGUCGGGGGAGUGGCGGACGAUCCCGGGGGAGAUGGCGGCGUUCGAGGACGGGAGGGCGAGGUACGUGGCAACGCUGGUGGGGACGGCCGUGUCGUGGCAGGCCAUGUCGGUGGCGACGCUGCGGCUGAUCACGAGGGUGUCGUCGCUGUUCGCCAACGUGACGGGCACCGUGUCGUUGCCGCUGGUGCCGGUGUUCGCCGUGGUGCUGUUCGGGGACCGGAUGACGGGGAUCAAGGCCGUCGCCAUGCUCAUGGCCGUCUGGGGGUUCCUCUCCUACGUCUACCAGCACUACCUCGACGGCCGGCGCGCCGCGGCCAUGGGGGGUCAAGGUGGAGCGGCAGAGUGCUGCGUCUGCAAGGCGCGCGCGGGCGGCGAGGCCGCUUUGCCCGCCUGAGACGUCCCACGUGCUCGUGUUCGUGGCCAAACAAAGCUAAAAUUACAGUAGUGGUGUCCUAAUAGCACUCUCUCUUUUCUUUUUUGAAAAUCAUUCCUACAUCCUGUUUGUUGGAGACUUAGAAUUCAGGCCAAGUAUUUUAGAAACCAUAGUAUACGAAAAACAAUGUAUUAUAACAUGCAGGCACGAAAUGCCACAGCAAAUACCUUCUCCAAAUAUUACUCUAAUCAACUGAUCCUAGCGGAAAAUGACA